AUGGCGUACCUGACCGACGACGACAAGUGGCGCGCCGUCACCGCGCGCGACGCCGCCGCCGACGGCCUCUUUGUCUACGGCGUCCGCACCACCCGCAUCUACUGCCGGCCCAACUGCAAGGCCCGCCUCGCCCGCCGCGCCAACGUGCGCUACUACGCCACCCCUCACACCGCCGAGGCCGCCGGGUACCGCGCGUGCAAGCGGUGUAAGCCGCGGACCGAGGGCGGCAUGCCGGAGGACGAGGCGGUCGCGCGGAUCCGGGCGCUCGUGGGCCGGCAGCACACGGCAGGCGGAGCCGGCGGUGGCACAGGCGUCUGCGCCGGACCCGCCGCCGCCCUGGCCAGCCCGUCGAUGCUGGCGUCCCAGGCGCGCGUGUCGCGGUGGCAUUUCCACCGCAAGUUCAAGGAGGUGACGGGACAGACGCCGCGGGCGUACUUGAAGCAGCGGGAGCGGGAGCGGAAAGCACGCGAGGCGGCGGCGGCGGACCAGAACCAAAACCCUAUUGAGGCGGCGGGCAUCGCAGUCGCCCCACACUUGAAUGUCGACGCCCCCGCCGACGUCACCUCCACGGCCUCCUUCACCGCCACAACAACGCCCUCGACGGACAGCGACGACCUGUUUGAGCUGGCGGCGGCGGACGGCACGCCCCUGUCUAUGGCGAUGCCGGACCUGGCCGUCCUCUUCCCCGACGUGGCGUCGCACCUCCACAGCCCAGGCCCCGUUUCGUUGGACGCGUUCCCCAGCCUCGGCGCAGGCAACAUCAGCAACAUCAGCAACACGAGCAACACCAGCAACACCAGCAGCGCCAGCGGCAGUCCUCUCAAUGGCGUGGACUGGGACGCCGUGGACAUGGAUGCGCUGUAUGCGAGCAGCAGCAUGGAUCCUCUGUUCAUCGACCCGGCCCUCUGGGGCGACUUGGGCAGCGGUGCGAGCGGCGCGCCAGGCAGUCUGGGCGGCAAAAGCAUGGUCGGCAGCAGCAGCAGCGGCGGCGGUGUGUACGGCGGCCUGCCAGGAUACUACAUGGACGGCAGUUUGUUUGAGGCGGUACCGAUGGCGGCGACGGCAGCGACAGCGCCAGCGUCAACGACAGCAACAACAUACGGAACAAUACACGACAUACACGACCCACUCCACGGCACAAUACCGUUUAUGGGGGCCUGA